UGUGUAUGUGUCUGUACAAAAUCCAAAUCACAGAAUGGACAUGAAGUGACACAUCUGUGUGAAAGUAUUCACCCCCCUCGGUGUCGGCCCUGUUUGGUCUCAUUAUAGUCAGAAUUAAAAUGGAUUUUCAUUUGGACUUUAUGUCAUGAACUUAACAAUAAGGUCCAAAUUACUGCACUUUCCUGGCUGGAGGCCAUAAUGGAAGGAGGAUCAGGAUAUUUCAACAUCUCGUACAAAGGGAUAGAUUAAAGGGCAGUGGGGGGUAGCUGGGAUAUCACGAGCAGUUCCACGGGUGUGGACCCAGUACGGACACCCACAGGGAUGAACAUUGAAGGAGCUACAAAGGUACACAGCGCAGAUGGGAUUGUCUGUCCAUAACGCCACUUUAAGCCAAGUGGGACGUUAUGGAAGUGCGGCCAGAAAACAAAAACAGAAUAAGAAAACACCCAACGGCAUAUGUUGGACUCCACAGACACACAGAAGAAGGUGCUCUAGUCAGAUGAGACUCAAAUGGAACUUUUGUCACUUGCCGUCACCCUGAGAACACCAUUCCCACAGUGACACAUGGUGGUGGCAUCUGGCUGUGGGGACAGGAAAAGUGGUCAGGACUGAAGAGAGAUGGAUGGCACUAAACACGUGGCCCUUGUUGAGGACAACCUGCUUGAGUGUGCCAAGGAUUUGAGAUGGGGACAAAUGUCCACCUUCCAGCAGGACAAUGAGUGACCUUCAACAGACUGCUAAUGCCGCACUGAAAUGUCUUGGGGUGGCCGAGUCGAAACCCAGACCUCAGUCCGAGAGAGAAUCUGUGGCAGGACCUGAAGAUGGUCGGACACCAACGCAGCCCACCUGACUUGGCCUGGAGGAAUGGACGACGACCCCAGUGGCGAGAUGCGCUAAGCAAACGAAGACAUUCGACAAGAGACCUACAGCAGAAGGGGGGGCUUUACAAAGUGGGGGUGAGGACCUGUGCACACUGUGGGAUUCUGUUCUCUUAACGAUUGUUUGGGUCACAAUCAAACACAUUUGACACAUUCCAAGGGGCAGGCAUGUUGUGUCAUCAAAUGGUGAUGACCUCCCAAAAACCCACUGGAAUUCUAGCAGGACAAACACCAAGAAGGCACUGGGUAGCGGACUGUAGGGGGGUGUCUUCCACUGCUUAGGACACAAGUCCGACCCAGCAUAGACCCUCUUAUUGAGUGCAGUCCCUUUAUGUACUCUAAAAUAACGCUCUCUUCUUAGCCCUUAUUCUGAAUUUCUCCUCCAUGAGAUGAGUCAACUUUGUCUGAUCCAAUCCAAUUGAACGUUCCACCUCUUUUCUCGACUCAACCUCACCCAGGUCACCCAGGUAAGGGAAUUCCCACCAUCCCAGUGUUGUGACAACAGAGGAGUGGCAUGGGGACAGCUCUGGGAAUGUCCUGGUAAAGCCAACAACUUUAGGGGUCCUACAGAGAGUCCCCAAAUCCAGAUGUGCUGUCUAACCCAAACAGAUAGCUUGCUUUGCGGGGGGGUGGAGGGGGCUUUGGGGGGCUUCAGUGAAGUGCCGAGAGAAGGGUCUGAACACAUAAAUUACCAGGAACACAAUGAAAACAGAACCAGCGGUGAGUAGUGCAUUUAAUGAAGAAAGGUCUCCUGAGUUUAGGAGCUCAACUGUGGACAACAGCAGAAAAUCAGAGAGGCGUGAGGUGAUGGUUGGAGCAGGCAGAGCAUUCACAAUGGACAGACAGCCUUCCAUCACUUGGACUCCUCCUGUUAAAGAUGACGCAUUAUCUGUCUUGGUGGGCUGCACCUUUCACUUUAACCACACCCAUUCCCCCCUGCCGCCUCACCUUGGCCCCACCCAGUUCCCUCCCCACCUGUGCUUAAGCUCGCCCAUUCCUUACAGUAUAAAAAGAGCAGUAGCAGGUGAGGAGGCUUCAUAAGUCCGAGCUCUCUGGAGUUUGUUUUUAAAGGUAACUUUCUACACCGACUGACUGACCGACCGACUGACCGACCGACUGACUUUCUACACUGAAGGUAAGUGUCAGAGUGGAAGAACUCUUUAACUUGACAGAGAGGCCAGGCCAGCGGGCUUCUCAUUUUAUACAUUUGUUUUUGUUCUUUAAGGGCCUUUCCACGAUGAUUCUGCUUUUGAUUUCACUGAGCCUGUGGCCACCAGCCGUCACAUCUCUCGUUCGAGGGGACUGCCCUUACUUUUGGGAAGCCUUCAAUGGCACCUGUUACUCUUACUUUGACCAGCAGCUUCGUUAUGACGAUGCCAAGGAUGUUUGCCGUCGCGCUGGAGGAAACCUCGCUUCGGUGCACAGCGCUGAGGAGAAUCAGUUUAUACUCAGCCUGAAUGGUGGCUAUGACGGGGUUUUCCCUUACGCGUGGCUGGGAGGCCUUGUAGGUGAUGAGGGCAAAUGGCGUUGGGAAGGUGGAUCCGAAUUUGACUUCCAAAAUUGGGCCGUUGAUCAACCAAGGCAGUGUUAUUGGAGGUUCGACAACCUGGUCAUCAACUACCGGGAUAAGCAGACCCUCGGACAGUGGACCUGCCUCUACUACAGAUUUAAACUUCCUUUUGUGUGCAAGAAGAGAAGCAAAGUGUAGAAGGGCCCGAGUGGAGUUGUGCCGGCUGAGGGUCUCACAGACGGCGAUGAAGAUGAUGACGAUGACGAGUGCUGGAUCUCACGACUCACUCCAUCAGUUGAUAUUCUUUUGUGUUUAUUCAUCGCGUUUUUCAAGUCACUCGCACAAUAAAUAAACCUUUGUUUGGAUUUCUUUGGUAUUAAAAUGUUUGAACUGUAAAUUAACAAUAAAGAGCAAUGAGCUUGA